AUGAAUACGGAAAUAGAGUUAGAUAAAAAAAAUAGCUUUAAUAGUCCUUUAAUAAUAAGAAAGGAGAAUAAUUAAAAAAAUAGUUAGAUUGUAAUUAGAAGUUCGUCGAUUUAUUAAAUAAAUUAGGAUUUACUGAGUUCUCAAAUAAAUGAAAAUACAGAGAAAUCUUUUUCUGAAUUUGUAAUAUUUAUUGAGAUAUCAAUAGUAAUCAAUUGAAGAGUUGAAAAGAGUGUUACCAUUGAUUAAUAAUUUAAAGGCAUUAAAUUUACUUAUGAAGGCAACAUAAGAGGGAGAAGUGGAAGAAUUUAUAGUAAUUUUGGAUGAUUUGAAAAAUAGAAAGGAGAAAUUAAGAUUGAAUGAUUUAUUGGAUCAUAAAAAAUAAACUCUUCUUCAUAUUGCUUGUUUUAAAAAUUUACCAUAGAUAGUUGAAAGAUUAUUAGAAACAGUGAAAUAAAAUUGUACAUAAAAUGAAUUUGAAGAAUGGAUAAAUAGAGUAAAUUAAGAUAAAUUUGGAUCUAUUCAUUUUGCAGCAUAUGUUGGAUCAAUAAUGAUUUUGGAGAUGUUGUAAAAAGCAGGAGCAGAUUUGAAUAUAAAAAAUUAAUAAGGAUAAAAUGCAUUAUCAGUAGCAUGUUAAGGUGAUUAAGUAUAAGCAAUGGUAUGGUUAUAUUUAUAAGGAUAAUCAAUAGUUGAAUAAGAUUCGUAAGGAGGAACGCCAUUACAUUGGGCAACAUAUUUUGAUAGUCUUUUUUCAAUUCAAUUUUUAUUAUCUUGGAUAUCAAAACUACCUAAUUAUAGUUAUUAUAUAAAUUUGAAAGAUGGAGAGGGAAUGACUCCUUUACACUUAGCUGCUGUAACUGGAAAUUGUAGAAUAGCAAAGAAAUUAUUAUAAAAAGGAGCUAAUAAGAAUAUUAGAGAUAUUAAAAAUUAAACACCUGCUGAAACUGCAUAAGAAAAUUAAUAAAAUGCAGUAUAUGAAAUUUUAAUGUCCAAUAAUUGGUUAUUAGAAUUUUUAAAUAUUAAAACUAGGUAUAAUUAUUAAAAAUUAAUAAUAGUAUUAAACCUCCAUCCAUAAGUUGGAUUUAAAUAAUAGCUUUCUUUAUUAUCUAUUUUUAUUGUAUGAUUGGAACUAUUUUAUUUGUUUAUCCAUUUUAUACUGAAGAUAAUAAAGAAUGGUUAUAAAUUUUAUCAGUCUUUUCUUUUCUACUUGGAAUCAUACUCUAUUUCUUAACUAUGUUUUUACGUCCUGGAUAUAUAUAAAAAAAUACUGAUCAAUAUCAAUUAUUUAAACUAUUAAAUGAUUAUGAACCUUGGGAAAUAUGUUCAGAAUGUCUUAUAAAAAAACCAGAAAGAUCUAGACAUUGUGAAUUUUGUAAAUAAUGUAUUGUUGUUUAUGAUCAUCAUUGUCCAUGGGUUAAUAAUUGUGUAAGUAUUGUAUUAAUUAAAUUAGAUUGGAGCAAAUAAUUAUUUUAUAUACUUUUUUUUUAUUUCUAUGAUUUGGAUCAAUUUAAUUCAUAUUUUAAUAGUAAACAGUAUAUUUAUAGGAUAAGAAUAUACAAAAAGUAAUUAAAUUUAUUCUUGGUUUAAUAAUUUGAUAAUAUCCUAAUCUUAAACUUUAUUUUUAAUUAAAACAGUUGUUUAAUCAAUUAUUUUAUUUUUAAGUGUUCUAUUCCUUAUUGCAGUAUCUCAUUUACUUUAUGGAUAAAUAAUAACUUUAUUUACAAAUAGAACAACUUUUGAGAAGUAUAAAUAAUCUGAGAAUUUCAAUUCAAAUAAUACAAAAUCUAAAAGUUAGAAAUAAUUGUAUUUAUUUAUUAAUUUAAUACAAGAUAAUAAUAAUCUAUUAAAAAUGAAGAAUAGAAGUUAAAAUGUUCUUGUAAAAAUUGCAUUAUAAUGUGUUGUGGAAAUGCUCAUAAUCCUGCAUUUUAAUGA